AUGUUACCCAUUGUGCGCAGCGCAUGCGAACCAUGUCAUGAGCGUAAGAUUCGCUGCCUGAUCCCUCCUCAUGGAGGAUCUUGUCAGGCCUGUAUGACCUCCCGGCGCCAAUGUUACUUUCUACCCAGGCACAAGGCUGGUCGUCCCCGGAGGGGCAGUCGAACCUUAUCAAGCACCCUCUCGAGUCGACACACCACCCCUCCUCUUCCAGACCCUCCAACAGACAACGAGGUGACUGAGCUAUCUCAUGACCAUGAGUGGCAUACGACUUCAACACUGCCAUCCUUUAUGAACAAUGCUUUACCCACCAGCGACGUCUCUUUGCCUGCCGACUUGCAAACUUUUACGAGCGCUCCCUCUUCCCACCCCACUAUUAUUCCCGAUUAUUUCUCGACCAAUGACAACGUUGGUUUUCAGCCCCAGCCCCAAAGCAAUGGCAACAGCGAAAGCGGGCUAUCGUGCGGUCCGCUGACGGGAUCAUUAUCCGACUCAAGUGGAGCAAGUCUCUUUCCUAGGAUUUACCCCCUUGGCCAGGGUCAUUCCCGCGUUAUGGGGACACCAGAAGCGUCGACUGGGACCGGUGGGAUCAAACCUCGGUCUCCCCUUACACAACAUCUCGUCCUCAUUCUCCGCGCAAUUGAUGUCCUCUGCGACUUGUGCGCAGCCUUCGUCAGUGAGAAUCCGCCGCCCUGUCCCAAAAAGUCGCUCGAUCCCGCUCUGCUGGCGCUGGUGAUCGCGGCCAAUUUCAAGGUCCUCGAGGUCUGUGGCCUGCUGGUCUCUAUCACCGUCUCCGACAUGCAGAGACCCCACGAUCAACUACUCCUCAAACGCAUCGACUUUAAUCUGAUGCAGACCAAGAUCGCACUGACUUCAAUGAAGGAGCGGGAGAUGACCUCGCCGUUAGUUUUUCAGACAGCGCUUGAUCAGGCGGCGUGCAUUCAUCGGCAGAUCAUGGCCAUGACGGAGGGAUAA